CGGAAAUUGACAGCAUGGUUAUGUUGUCAGGGGCCAUUAUUUUGUAAGAUAGAUGCAAACAGUGGGAAAAUGACGAACAAUGAGUAGAAGGACAUUUCAGCGAGUUUGCGAGCCACUGACAGAAGACGUUGACACUUCAACUUCUCGGACCGGGACAACUGAUGUUAGUUCAUCACCACACAUGAUGACCUCACAAAUUAAACAGGACAUAAAGACUUACACUGAAGAGCAGGUCCUGGAAAAGUUGACUGCACAUUUACAUAUCCACGCAGAGGGAUUGCUGCAGACUGAGGGAUGUGAAGGAUCCAAGAAUCCUUAUGACUCACUUUUGAAGCAAGGGAAACCUGGCAGAGGAAAAGGAAAUUCAACACAUUACAGAAAUGAUGCCCACAAGGCCCCAUCCAAACUACCUGUAGCUGCAGCUCAUCACAAGAAGAGAAGUACAACCACGAGGUGUAAAGGGGGAAGAACUCUGUCAGGACUUCAGCAAGUGUCCAUCAACAAGUAUAGACCAGAUUACACAUGGAACCGAGGAGGACGUGUGAAGGAGCUGAGAAUAAGAAAUAUUGGCAGAAAGUAUUUGUACAUUUGGAUCAGAAAAGUUUAUGGCAGACUGAAUCCUAAUGUGGCAAGAGUCCAUUACAGCAAGAAGCUUGUGCGACAGGUGUUUACUACCUGGUAUGAGGUAUGGUGGACAAAUGUGAGAGAGUGGCGUCUUACAGUAAGGGCUGAAUGUCAGUACAGGUACACAGUUUGGCGACAUGUUUUCCAGGAGUGGAGAGGGUAUGUCAGACAGAGGAAGGACAAGAAAUCCAGACUGGCUGCUGCAGACCACCAUGCCAACCGUAGACUGCUUGACCAGUCCCUGUCAGCCUGGAGAGCUCAUCACCUGACCAGAAGAGAGCACCACCGACUGAGGGUGUAUGCUGAGGAGACUUACCUGAACAACCUGCAAAGGAGGACUUGGCAGAGAUGGAUACAGCAGUACGAGAUACAACAACAACGUAGACAGAUGGAGACUGUGUCUUUGCAGUUCUGGUCAUACAGGAUUCAGAUUCAGCACUGGUUGCUGUGGUGUCAGGUAUAUCAGGACAGACUGACAGAAAAGGAGAGACUACGACGAGCGGCUAGGAUUUACGAGAAUGGUCUUCUGGUGAAGUGUUUUCAUAGUCUUCUGACCUACUCACAGAUACGCAAAUUCAAGCAGAGUAGAAAAGAGUUUGCCCAGAAGGUGUACCAGAGUAACCUUGUGAACAUGUGCCUGAGUCAGUGGUACGAGAGGUUCAGAAUGCGGUGGUCCCUGGCUGAACAUGAACACAGACUGAAAUUUCUGGCCAGGCGGAUCACUCUCAGGAGGACUCUGACACAAUGGAAACUAUAUAUCUGUCUGAAACAUGAUCAGAGAGAGAAGAUAGAGCAGGCUGAUCUUCACUAUCUCAGACAUCUGCUGGUACUUAGUUUGAAUGGGUUAAGACUAGCAUGUGUGAGAAGGAGAAUGAAGAUAACCAGACAACAGAUAGCAGCUGACUUCUAUAACAGACAGCUGAUUAGACAGACCUGGGCUAGAUGGUUAUACAGAUGUGAGGAGAAGGAAAACUUACAUAUGUUGCCCCAAACACAACUCGCAAGAAACCACUAUAGGUUGUGUACAUUACGGAAGUGCUGGCACACUCUUGUACAGUACAAGCUUUACAAACAACACAAGCAGUCCCUGGAGAUAAAGGCAGAAGCUUACUUCUACUGGGCGAAUCUGCCAAAAUACUUCUUCAGGAUGAAAGUCUUUGUCCAUAUCAUGAAGAAUAAACAAUACAACUCACAGAAAGCUGAACAAUUCAGAAGGGAGAAUCUGCAGGCACGUUUUUUCUACCAGUGGUUUGUUGAGUCCGAGAAGAGUCAAAACGACCGAAUGGCUGAGAGAAUGGCUAUUGUGCAGUAUGAUGGGAAUCUCGGCCGAAGAUUUUUGCGCAUGUGGAGACAGAAAACCCAAGAAGUUUUGGAAGAGCAAGAAAAAAUGGCUCUUGCAGCUGAACAUGACAGUAGAGCAGUGUGUAGGAAUGCCUUGAACAUCUGGAGACAGUAUGUUGAUGAACUAAGACGAAGCCAGAAGAAUGAUGUCAAGGCAGCCAAGCACCUUUAUCUGCAGAGGAUAAAACGAUCAUUAAUUGCAUGGAAAAUGUACCAGGAGAAGAAGAAAAAGAAGACGUCUCGUCAACAGAAAGCUGUGUCUCACUAUCAUCACAAGCAGUGUAGGCUUGUUCUGCAGAGAUGGUGUGUUUACCUGACACAGCGACGACAACAAAAGGCAGCUGCCGAGGAGAAGUAUCAAGCAAAGUGUGAUCUCCUCAGAAGGUGGGUAAUACAGACAUGGGGUAGGCGCAUCCACGAGAACAUCCAAGAGAGAGAGGCCAACAAGAGAGCAGAGACACACCACAAUAGGAGGAUCUUAGUAAAGGUGCUGAAGACGUGGCAUCGUUUUGCUGCAAUCCACGCUUACAAGAAAAGUGAGACGGCUCAGCUGGUUAUGCAAGGACAAGAAGAGCUUCAUACAGGGAUAUUACGGCGGAGCUUUCUGCACUGGAGACUGGCGCGGGAUGAGGCUCUUAUCCUGACGCUGAAACACGAGCAGGCAGUACAACAUCACCAGAACUGUGUUGGGCUUAGAACUCUCCAGGCCUGGAAGCAUUUCUGUCAGCUGUCUUACAGGAAGAAGCUGCUAGCUCGCCAGGCGCUGUGGUUUCGUCAGACGGUGGCCCAGACUCGCUACUUUGCAUGCUGGAAGCAAGAACAUGAACAAGCCCAGGAAAAGCAGGCCAAAACUAACCUGGCUCUCUGGCACUGGUGUCUGUCUCUCCAGAGAAGGGUGUUAAUCCUCUGGUGGUCAUACACUGAGAACAGGAGAAGGAAGAAGGUGCGACAUACAGAAGCUUUAGACAGACGCCAACUGAGGCUACUGAGGGAGGGUGCCACUCAGUGGUUACGUGUGGCUCAUGAACUGACACAGUUCAGGGCAAAGUUUGCUGCACAACAGCAUUCAAAGAACUUGUUUAUUGCUCACUAUAACUGUAUGCUACAGUCUGCCUACGACACUUACCAGCUCGUCCAGAAGUUUGCUUUACGCUGGAAACUUACAGUGGCAAGGAGAAAAACAUCCCAACAAAUGAGCUCACAGAUACCUCGAGAGUCACAUGACCCACCCAGAUCAAGGAUCAUCCCCACGGCCCCAGUCUUGUCGCUCUCCCCAGUAAUAGGCCAGAGAUUCAAGGCUAUACCUGAGGGCAGUGUGCAGGCAGAGUCAGAGAGCUCCCACGCCCUGACCCUCAGACUAAUGCGCCCCCGCCCCCGCCAGCCAGACUUCUUGAUUGACUCGCUGAAGAGAGAAGGGCUGUUGACCACCAGUUCAGGGCACAAGGGAUUCAGAUCUAAGCCUGACGACUCGGGGUCAGAUAAGCAAAUUGGAAUAUUACAGCCGGAGAUCAAAGCUGUUGCCUGUGACCGACCUACUGUUAUAUCAUCUGAAGAGAACAGGGUGCAACAACCAUAUCAGCUCCCAUGUCAUCGUCCCAGAGUUAUCUUGCCUGAGGAGAACAGCGUGUCACAGCUCCCCUGUCAUUUGUCCACAGUUAUCUCACCAGACCCAAAACCUGGGGGCAAUGCAGAGGAAGUGUUACCACCUGAUCAGGUGACAAAGGGUUCUCAGGAGCCCGUCCUGUCAAGACUAGGAGUUAGAUUGGCUUCCAAACCACAUCACCACGUACCCCAUGUUCACACACAGGCUGGUUCAGGAAUCACACCUUUUCCCCAGGAUACUGGCAUUACCUUGCUCACCCCUGCAGCGUUCCUCACCAAGAAGGAUGGAACUUUGAUUCCUGAAGUAAAGCCUUUGCACCACUCAGGAGACAAUCAAACCUCCAAGUCACGUCUCACCUGUACAGUGUUACCUGGAGACACCGUGGCUACAUGGACCUCGCACUCUGAACAAAUACACAAGGAAAGGGAGGUCGUCCAGAUUCGAGACACUUUGAAACAGUUUGAGGAGAAGAAGAAAAAACUGAAGGUAUUAAAAUCUCAGUGGAAACAAUUGUCAUCAUUAAUAAAGGACCAACGUAUGACAGAUGACAGUGUGGAAGAUGAGGACACCAGAAAUAUCAGAGAUGAGCUUGUGCAGAUUACUGAGGAGAUAUCAAUCCUGAAGAAAGAAAUCAGCAAAGACAAACCUCAGUGUGAACUCCUAGUUAGAAGAGUGCAAGAGCUGAUGAAGUUACAACAGCCUGGAUAGUGCGGGAAGUUUGACGAUCGUUGAUGUUAGCAGUCAGAAACACUGUGGAUGUAGCAGUCAGAAACACUGUGGGGUUAGCAGUCAGAAACACUGUGGGGGUAGCAGUCAGAAACACUGUGGAGGUAGCAGUCAGAAACACUGUGGGGUUUAGCAAUCAAAAACACUGUGGGGGUAGCAGUCAGAAACACUGUGGCGGUAGCAGUCAGAAAC